GACAGAACAGCGAGAGGUAAGGCUGUGACAAUACAUUUUUUCUGCUGUUUGUCCCCUUGGAGAUCCCUGCAGCCCCCUGAGCCUCCCGCCACCAAAACGAUGUUGGGAGGGCCAGGGGUGAGGGCUGCCUGGGGCACAGGAGAUCGGGAUGGUUCCGAGGGACCCAUCAGGGAUGGCAAUGGGGCUGUGCUACAAGGAGAAGUGUUCUUUUGGCCAGGAGUGAGCCCGGAGCAGAUGGUACCUUCCAAAGACACCCGUGGAGCCCACAGGUUGCUUGCAGGAUUUGACUGUAUCCCAAGAGGCCUUCAGACAGAGGGAGCAGUACAGGCAAGGUUGCCCAGGAGCCAACAUGGAGCAGAAGAUCAGCUCUUUCUUUAAUUCCAUCUUGGAGAUCAUCCGUACCAAGCACGAGGAAGGCAUCUUCAACACUGUCUGCCUGGCUGUGCUGAUGGGGCUGCCCUUUGUUGUCCUCAUUGCAUUCAUUUUCAUCUGCUGCCACUGCUGCUUCUGCAGCCAGAGGAGAGAAAGUGGGAAGAAAGGUGGCCCCAGCAGCAAUGGGCAGCUGCAUGCUGAUAGGAACAAGAAGAAAAAGAAGAAGAAGAAGAAGGAUGAAGAGGACCUGUGGAUCUCUGCUCAGCCCAAGCUUCUCUUACUGGAUAAGAGGCCCUCUUUGCCCAUCUAGCAGACAGGAGAGUGUUCAGGCCCUCCCCUCUGAGAUGCCACCAGUACUUUAAGCUGGACACCAUGAGGGGCAAGGAGAUGCCAAAGCUGCUGCCACUUCAUGGUGACUUUCAAAAGAAGCUGAGCUCUGUGGCUAACCAGCAUCAGAGAGGGAAGCAGUCUGUGUAUGCACACCCCUUCCCUCCCACCAGGAGAACAUGCCCAAGGGCAGAAACCCCUGGAAACAACAGCAGGCAUGCUCGUGGUGACCUGCUGCUGGGUUCAUACCUCCUGCACAGUAUCCCUGCCACAAGCACAGCACACAGCCUUGCAGCAGCCAGGGUUCUCCCUCUGCACUCCUCGCGUGGGCACGAGCGCCCAGGACCAGGUGUGGGCAGAGUCUGAGGUGCCUGCACACACACAGCAAGCAGAGGCUCAGCUCAUUCACUCAUCCUCCCAUGGAGAUGACCCAGCUUGACUGCCUAGGCUCCGUCCAAACCCAGCACAAGAAAUGCCAAGUGCAGUUACUCCACAGCUCCAACCCGUGCCAUCGUCCACUGAACCCAAAGCAACUGAGAGCAGCUGAAGACAGAUGCCCUGGGCCUAACUUUAGAAACCUCAAGACACCAUAAGGCAGCAGAGCAGAAGGAUGUGUUGCCACCCAGGCUAGAGGCAAGGACAAGAGACCUGCCCUUUUGCACCAGCACUUAAAAAAAAAAAAAAUCUUCCUUGGAAGACUAUUUUAUACAGACUUGCCUUUGGAGAGCCCACCAUGCUACUGCAGAACUGCCAGCUGAGGCUGUCUGAAGGCAGAGCUGUGGGCAUUUCAGUUAUUUAUUGAAUGAGUACUAAAGAAGAGCAGGACCAAAGGCCCUUCUGUCACAGGGCUGGGCACACUGAAGUGGUAUUGAAGAAGCAGACACACUUUCCCAGUAUGCUUGUCCCUCCCCUCUCCUGGCAGCCCUGGGGCACAGGCAGACCCAUGAGCACAUGCUGAUGCCACACAGAGGGCUGGCUGGAGCUGGAGUUUGGGAUGUGCUACAGGAGCAGAAGGGAAGACACUUCAUUCAUCCAGUCAUCCCUUAUCCAGGGAUGUAUCAUACAGCUGGACCCAGCAUCCAUCUCCAUUGUUAUCUCCCUUGGAGGCACAGCAGCUAACAGGACCACACAGCCCUCACCCCUGCUCUGGUUUUGCCCCUCUGCAUCUCCUGUGCUGUCAUUCCCUGCCUACCUCCUGAGGAGCUGGGGGGCUUGUCUGCCCGCCCAGCCUCUGCCUCUCCCAGCUUGUUCUGCCAGCCACGGAUGCCCCUGUGUGAUGAGAAGCCCCAUCACAUCUGUUUUUUACCCUGCAUUUGUACACUGGAUGUUUUCCUCCCACUUUCUUCCUCUUCUUCAGCUGCCGGAGCAGGCUGGAGCUGCAAGCCAGACCCAAACAUCCGGGGGGACAAGCAGCCAAACCUGCGUGGCCAAGCUUGGAUAGAGCUGCUGGACAACUGCUUCCAGGCUGGGAGAGGGUGAUGCUGCCUUCCCCUUGGCACCCAGGGCCAUGCAGCAGCAGGGGGGAGCAAAGCCACCAGUCAGAGACAGCCACUGGUGCCAGCCAGUCCCAGCACAGCCUGUUUGUCCGACUCGGACAGUGGGGUAAUGUUCACAUCAAAUCACAGGGUUUGGCUGUCUUGGUAACAGCUGGGAGGUCAGGCUCCUCCUCACUCAGCCCUUUAAAUUGACCCCAUAUGUGCCUUAUUUUCCUGCUUGCUUUAUUAGCUUUGAAAUAAGUGAGUCCCUUCUCCAAAACAGGAAGCAACGUAUAAUGCUAUUAAAAAAUUUAAAAAAUUGGGAUUUGUCACACCUUAUCCUAGAGAGAAACAUGAAGGAAUAGGUCUGGUCUCUCCCUAAACCCUCAGUCCCUUCAGGACCCCAGAGAACCAGCGUUGCACUUGUAUUGUUAUUUUUUCCCUCCUUCCUUUCCCCCACCCAGGUACUUCUCUCAUCCCUCCUGCCUCUGCACUUAGCAGGUGGGUGAAACAGCCUCUUCCUGCUGCAAUCCAGAGGCUCCAAGAGCCCUGAAGGAAAGGUGGUGCUGCCUGAAGGAAUGGAAAAAAAAAUCAGGGCAAAAGGAAACACAGUGGGAGGCCAGAGGCUUAUCCUAACAAGCUGAGGCAGGAAGGCAGCCAGCUCCAGCAGGGUACAGCCUACCUUUGCAUGGCUCCCUGAGACAAGAUCCUUCUCCAGAAGGGUUACCAAGUCAUGUUUUAGGUGAGUGCAGUCAUUUCCUACAGGAGCCAGAGACCUGUAAAGAAAGUGUCUGUGUUGUGUCACACACAUCCCUGAUCAAGGCUGCCUGACCUGCCCUGAUCCAUCCCAUCCUGAUGGGCCAAGCCUCUGCAUCCCAGAAAGCACAGGGGCCUGUCUUAAUACUGUUUUAGACAAAACAUCCUCACAAUUAAAGGCAAACAAAAAACCAGCAAUAGCUUGAGGUGCAGCAGGACCUGUCACCCAUCAGUGGGGAAACAGCAGCCCCACAGCACCAAUGAGGCAUCAGGACAUGCAUGGUACAGAACCUCCACUGUGUGGGGCCCUGCUGCUCUCCAGCCACCUUUGCACUGCUUCCCCACAACUGCAUUUCAGUGUCAGCCUUUUCUGUUCCUAAACAGGCCAUGAAGCAGGGAAAACCAGUUGUUUGG